AGGCCCUCUAGUAAGCCGCCACAGCUUGUUGAGCCAUGCUCACAAUGAUUCCGUGCUGUUUAACACACAUUUCCAUGGCAGGGGCCGAAUAUGAGUACUGCCCAUUCAUGUUUUGGUACCCGCCUGCGGUGUGCUACUACAAGCAUUGGGGGCCCAAGGCAGACGAGGACAGCACUAAUGGUGAUACAUCAGCAGACGGCAAUGACAUUGCGGAAAAUGUCGCCGACAGCAGCAGUAGCAGCAGCAAGGCUUUGGCAGCGGCAAUGGCUUCGCCGCUGCUCUCUCUGCCGCCAGAGGUGCGGUUGAGGAUCUACUACUGGGCGUAUAUGAUGAGUCCCAUCCAGCCCAAGGAGCUGGCGGCGGGGUAUCCCAUUCCCAUGCUGUGCCGCUACAUCUUGCACCCGCUGGACCCGAAUCUCGAGAGGCAGGUUGAGCAGGAGAUUGAGAACGAGAGGGUGAUUGUGGACUUUGCAAAGGCGGAUCCGGAGCUGGUAGAUGGGAAAGGAGCAGACGGCGCUCAUGAAGAGGAACAAACGCCGGCGGUGCGGGAACAGAAUGAGCUGCAGAGGGCCGUUGCUACCGAGAGGAUGGUCAAGGAGAGGAUUAAAGAGAAGAUGAGGGAGCUGAAUAGGAGGAUGACGGGGCUACUCAGUUCAGAUAGGCCACUCGCGGGGAUACCAACGGGUCUACUAUGCGCCUGUCGCCAGAUAUACUUUGAGGCUCGAACGUUACCUUUUGAACAGAACGAGUUUGUCUUCCUCAACUGGUUCUCAUCGGGCCUCAACGCCGCUUCAGCAGUGACAAAGUCGCAGCGGCCAUGGCAGCGUCUAUCGAUGCGAUACGUGCGGAUGGAAGUCAUGGCCGAGGAUCUCGCGAGGGUAGGGGCGCUGAAGAAGUGGGCGGAUCUAUGCGGCGGCGGCUCUGACGAGCGUCUGGCGUCGUGGACUCGCGGCCUGCGAGGCCUGCGGCUGAAGAUUGUGGGGCAGGUCGGGCGGAAGCACACGGAGAAUGCGCAGGAGGCGGAGGAUAAGUUUGUGGAUGCGCUGGAGGAAGAGGGCGGUGCGAGGAGGUGGGUUGAGGGGGGGAAAUUGGCCGAGAUGAAGAGCCUGGAGAGGUUGGAGGUUGAGAUUAUCAAGAAUGCGUGGGGGACGGAGGAGAAGAUGGCGUGGUGUGCGCAGGUGGAGGAGGCGUUGAGGGAGUUUGGAUCGAGGGCUGAGGUUGUGAGCAUGGCGAGGAUUGUGUAAGCCGUGGUGGGUGGGUGGGUGAAUAUUACAUGAAUGAAAUGAUAUGGCCUUGGCGUGAUUGUGAGGAGUUGGGGUUCUGAUUUUUGGAUGGUUUCUAUAAUGACUUGAUGGCGUUUAUUGAUAUGACAAUACUAUUACGAUUAACUAUCUUUUAUGUAGUACCUUGGUGUGCUUACACGAGAGGAUGAGGUUAAAUAAAU